GUACUGGUUUGGCUUUGCCACUACACCUCGAUGAUUCGACGAAGAAGUCAGACAUAGGAACAUGCGCAUGUCCUCGUGCACAUUUUGAGUCGAAGAAAAAGUAGGAAGGCUUCGCAUUGCACUUCGCGUGAAGAAUUGCCGACAGACGCAGACGCUGUCAAGCAGCUUAGGGUGUCGAACCAUGCAAUCAAAUGCCGACACAACGGCGAGAUGGGACCAGAGGUUUGAAUCUGUCAUCAGCUCUACGAAGCAAUCUCAGCCUGGGAGCCGAAAGUUGUCAUUCUUUGAAGGGGACACUAUGCCGUUGUGCGCACCGUAUGAGCCCAUCAGCGCUGACCGCCCAGUCUUCCAGGACGCCAGCAGGUCGCGCAGAAUGUCUGUUCACGACGUCCCGCCAUCCAUCUCCAGAAACAUUGGCAUCAAGUCAGAGAACCAACAGUUCGCCAGGCCACACACAAGAAAAAUUCUCGUCCUCUCCAUGCUGCUGAUAGUAUCCGUCCUCCUGUUCCUUUACUACUACCUUCGUAACACGGAGCAAGAUGUGAUCACUGUGGACACCAGAUCUGGUCGGUACAGAGGCAGAAAAUAUAAAUUUCAGGGGAUCCCCUUCUUCAGCUUUUUGGGCAUCCCCUUCGGAAGAAACACCACCGGUCAGAACAGGUUCCGUCGGUCACGUGGUUUCCACUACGUGGGAGGAGAGGAGGUAAUAGAUGCUACGCGUCACAAGCUGCCCUGCACUCAAGCACAGAUAGCAGCAGUUUUCGAGCCUCACAACGAGACCACUGAGGACUGCCUUCACUUGAAUUUGUGGACGCCUUCCGUACCACAACCGAGGCACGUGCAGAAGACUACGCUUGUGUUCUUCUAUGGAAUCGCCUUCAAGUGGGGAUCCAACAGCGAUUACGAUGCCUCUCCUCUGUGUGCUCUAGGGGACGUUAUCGUCGUUGUGCCCAACUAUCGGCUACACGCGCUUGGUUUUCUUGGUGACGGUUCUGACGACGCUCCAGGAAACGUGGCUCUCUACGACCAGCUAUUAGCCCUCGACUGGGUGCUUCAAAAUAUUAUGUUCUUCGGUGGUAACACGUCUUCCGUAGUCCUGCACGGCUACGAGGCGGGUGCAGUGUCCAUCGGUUAUCAUAUGCUGUCUCCCGUCAAUACCUGGGCCAAGACAUUCACAAGACUCAUUCUACAGAGUGGGUCGUUCUAUCGUCCGUACAAGAGAAGCACGAUGCCGUCAAAGGUGAUGAAGAUGUUGGGAUGUGAGCGCGGUGGGUGGCCCUGUCUUCGGGCGAAGGACGCGAGGACCUAUAGCUCCCGAGGCAUGUACAAGAACUACGACUUCGAUGUACUAUUCUACUCCGACUAUCUACCAUAUAGUCUCCCCCAUUUAGUCAACCUUUAUCCCUUGAAAGGCAAACAGGUACUACUGGGAAAUGUCCUGGAUGAAGGCAGAUUCCUGGUGGAAAUGCACAAAAUAGAAAUGGGCUUGAGAACGGACAUUAAUGCGGAACCAUUGGUGACGUUGUACGCGCAAAAAGAGUUGAAGGCAGUGAACGUACACGACUUCGAGUCCAUUCGCAAGCUCUAUGCAAACGACUCUGUUUGGGAAAGUGAUGUGGGCAAAGAAAUCGCCAAAGAUAUCUUGGGAGAUUUUCUCUUCAACUGCCCCGUCAGGUAUCUCGCUUCUCACCUGGCAUCUCAAGGAAGCACUGCUUACGUGUACAUUUGGACUCACAAGCCGUCAUUUGGACCUUGGUGUUUGGAGGAAGUUGGUCCGACGUUAUACGAUGACCUCGCCUUCGUUUUCGGCAAGCCACUCCUGGAAGAAAGUCUGGCAACGGAAGAGGAGAUAACUCUUAGUCGGAGUACCAUAGCGCUCUUCACGGACUUCGCCAAGACAGGCACAUUGCCGCCCGUAGAUGGAGCGCCCUGGCCGCCGUAUAGCUGCGACAGCCCACUGGCAGUGGCGAUCACUGUAAAGGGUUUGGAAAAACAAGCUACCUCCGUGGACAAGUGUUCCAAACUGCGGCAGUACAUCGUCCGCGGCUGAGCUCAGUCAACGUCAGUGUCAGCGUCAUCAACAAAUACUCAAUAGUCUAAUGUUGAGAAAGUUGUACACUUUCUAUCUUAUCCAUUGUGUUGUGCCAUGAGAAAUUCGUGUACGUAAGUGAGGAAAAAUCAAUA